AUGGCUCCUGGCGAUAUGGCUUUCAUGGCACAAGACGCUAUUGCCAUAUUGGCUGGGGAAGCGAGACAGAGGGACAAGGACGUCUGUUGGUCUGUCGGAACGAUGCAUAUGGUAUUUAUGGAAUCACCAACAAUUCGUUUAAAGUCAGCCGUUCAGGAAGCAGAUAUGUUUUCAGAAAGCCACAGAACAUCGUGUCAUCUGAAAGCCAUGUUCUUGUGUAGAUACGUCCCCGGACGUGUUCAGUAUCUUCGGCAUGGGAACCUGAACCGAACUGCCCCCUGCAGAGGCUACGACAGUGUCCCGGCCGUUUUGGCGAGUGAGGGUGGAAUGGUCAAUUUUCCCGAGGCGGUUGUAUAUCGGGAUGAUGCGAUUGUUCCUGUUGCUGUUAUAACUUAUCUAGGAUAUUGA